AAAAGCCCAAAAUUUUGUUUGUUUUUGGGCUGGUAAAUCCAUCAAAACGAAGGGUCCAUUCGGGAUUUGAGUUUAGACAAUGUUCCAAAACAUCAAGAAGAAGAAGAAAAGAAAAAAAGAUGGUAAAAACUGCAUAGAUUAUGGGUUGGAAGUAGUUGUAAGGAAUGAAAAGUGUGGAGCAUUCCAAAGAGCACUGCUCAACUUGUUUAGCUUUACCCCCAACAUUUAGACAUUGUUUAAUCCUUAUGGCAGUUCAACUUCCAUUAUAUAACAUCAAUGUGUCGAUAGACGACAACAUUCGAGGUAUUAAAAAUGGAUCCAUCAAUUCCAAUGCAUGAUGAAGAAGAAGCCCAGAGGCUGCCUCCAAAGAGGUUGGUGAACAAAGUGGCAGUCAUAACUGGGGGUGCAAGAGGGAUUGGAGCUGCCACAGCCAAGUUGUUUGCCGAUCACGGUGCCCGCGUUGUCAUUGCUGACAUACUUGACGACUUGGGAGCCACACUAGCUGAUUCUAUCGGAGGCCGCUACAUACACUGUGAUGUGGCAAAGGAAGCUGAUAUUGAAUCAGCUAUUGAGCUUGCGCUCAAAUGGAAAGGUCGACUUGACAUCAUGUUCAACAAUGCUGGCGUUCCUGGUCCCUCGGGGAGCAUAACCAGCCUUGACAUGGAGAAUGUGAAGCACCUCCUCUCCGUCAAUGUUCUUGGCGUUAUACAUGGAAUCAAGUAUGCUGCUGCCGCUAUGAUCAAGGGCCGAAUAGGAGGGAGCAUCCUUUGCACAUCGAGCUCGGCAGCUAUCAUGGGAGGCCUUGGAGGACAUGCCUAUACGCUGUCCAAGGAGGCCAUCAACGGCCUGGUGAGAAGCGCCGCUUGUGAGUUGGGAGUGCAUGGCAUUCGUGUGAACUGCAUUUCGCCCCAUGGGGUUCCUUCAGAGAUGCUCGUCAGUGCCUACAGAGAGCAUCUCGGGAAAAUGGAUAUGACGGCUGAAGACGUAAGCAAAAUUGUAGGGGAAAGGGGGAGCUUGUUGCGUGGGAGAUGUGCAACUGUGGAAGAUGUAGCAGAAGCUGCAUUGUUCGUAGCCAGUGAGGACGCUGGCUUCAUAACAGCACAUAAUCUGGUUCUUGAUGGGGGUUAUACUUCUGCUUGCAGUACCAUGAGCUUCAUCUACCAAAAUGGUCAUUAACGUACCAUUCAAUGAAAUGUUCAUGGAGCCUACUUGGAAUAUCUUACAUCAAAACACGCAGGAUUUCAAUUUCUUACAUCUUUCAAUUCCAUUUCAAACUUCCAAACCUUUAUACCCCCGCCUACUCGAAUGAAUAGACAACUGAAGCUACUUUGUGAAUGAAACUUUUGUGUUUAUGCCGGGCUUAUCUAAUAUUCAAAUACGAAUUCUUUCUUUUGCAUGUACGUUAUCAAACACAAUGAGCAAUACCAUUAUGCUUCAAAUUGCUUCUCUAUCAUCAAAUUCAAAAACUGCUUCUCUAAUAUCAAACUCAAACUGCUAUUCAUAUCAGCUGUCUUGUUUUUCUAUCGUUUCUCCUACUUGCUAAAACUAAAAGUCAAAUUCAAAUCAGAUAAGUUAUUGGAACGACUAGAAGGAUAAAUAUGAUCAUCUCAUCCAUAGAAUCUUCUACAAAACUGUUUUUCUUCCAACAACAAGCUGACACAGAACAUGGUUGUUUAAU